AAAAAUAGUCCUGUUGUCAUUUAAAACGUCAUUGGAACAGAGAACAAAACCAAAAUAUUUUUCUACUGUUUCACCAUCAGCAGCUGAGAUUUCAAACAAACCAAAAAUGUCCAGUUCAGACAGUGAAGCUUUUGAAAGUGCAGACGAAGAUGUGAUAGAAACCAAGACCACAACAGUCAAGAAAGUCGAGAAACUGUUGAAUGUCGACGAUGUCAAAGAAUCUGAAAAACAUCGCGCUAAGCAAACAGAACCAGAACCUCUCCUCAAGGAAUCUUCGAAAAUUGUACCCGAUACUGUGAUUAGCGCAAGCAUAGGAAAUCAGAGAUUGGAUGAAGUGAAAAUAAAUAAAUUGACUGCAUCUGAGCCAACUGUCAGUGAUAGUGAAACAGAAAACUUGGUACUGACGAGUAGUACGAAAGAGCCUAUUCCCGUUGCGCAAAUAGAAAGAAAAGCAUCCAAGCAAAGCUUGACCUCCAGUUGUGAAUUAGUCGAAAUGGAUAGCAUAACGAAGUCCACUACGACUGACACGACUGACACUAAAGCUGAAGAUGACUGGGACUUCGAAAAAUGGGAUGAGAUGGAUAAUGAAAUCGACGAGAUAGUAGCAAAGUUAACGAACAGUGACAACAAUCAGACAUUACCAACGAUACCAACCAAAACAGAAGAACAAGCGGAAAAGCUAUCGGAUGAAGAUGGCUGGCAAAUAGAUGAUUGGGACGAUGACGUCACACCAACUGUUGAGCCCACCAAAGAUGUGAAAACAUCGAAUGAAGGAGGUUUUUCCAAUGUUCUAGACAAACUUUCUUCUCCCAAACCAGCCGAACCGAGUAAUAAUUGGGGAUGGACGCCGUGGGGUGGAAUGGUGCAAUUGCUGUCGACAGCGACAUCUCACGUUUCGCAAGUCAUUGAAUCUGGCAUGGGAGUACCGGAUCCCGAAGAGAUUGCUCGUAUGCAGCACGAAGAGAAUGUAAAGAACCGAGAGAACCCCGAGCAGGUUGUUGCGUCGGAUACUCGUAAGGAUGACAAAUCAAUGCUGCUGGGCAACCUAAUGUCUGGAGUAAGUCAAAUCGGUAAUAGGGUCAUAAGUGGUGGUUUGGAUUCGCUUGAGAGCAUUGGCAAGAAAACGAUGACCAUUCUGCAAGAAAAUGAUCCUGGCCUGUUGAAUAAACGCAAAAUGCUUGGAAUGAUGGACAAAGACACACCCGUUUUGAGUCAGAUUUUGCGUGAAGCGAAAGAAAAAACCGAAGAAGCCGAGCAAAAUCUAAAGGAAAUCCAGAAGCAGCGUUAUAAGAAGCAGCUUCAUUUCGAGACGUUGUUCGACGACUAUCACGGAUUGGUGCAUUUGGAGGCACUGGAGAUGUUGUCUCAACAAUCUGCCCUUAAAUUAAAAGCCCUUAUGGCUCCGCUAACUGGUUUGGCAUUAUCGGAACUCGAAGAAACUCUAAAUGAAGUCAAAGAAUUGUGUGAACUUCCCGAAAUGGACAAUGAAGAGUCGGAUGGACUGCAUACGACAGAAGAACUUUCCGAUAAAUUUAAAACUUCCGUAGAAGAUCUGGAUGUCACGGUAGAUUUCAAGGAGAUCAUUCAAUGCUGGUCCGAUAACAUUUCAUGGCUGGAUAGUGAAACGACUAAAUCGCAUCAAGAAAUUUAUGAAAAGGCUCUACGCUGUCUCGCCCAAACAAGCGCUAUUUGUAUCAAUAAAAUGCACAAAUUAGCUGAACUACUUCUCAUCAAGGAACAUCAUAGUACAGCGGAUGAAGCUGACAGUUUAGUUCAAAUCACGAGCGUUAUGUGCUGGCACUUGAGCGGCAUUUCAGCCAGAUUCGGGAACAGUUUGAGUCAAAUGGAAAAUAAGGAUGAGGUCAAUUCGUUAAUCACAAGCAUCUUUCUGGAAGGUUCGAACAGUACGUCUUACGUUCAAAAUGCUUUCCAAUUAUUUAUUCCAAUACUUCAAAUGGGUGCCGCCUAACGAGGGGCAGCAAUGAAUUAGCCAAUUUGAAUCGUAUCGAGUGGAUGGAUGGGUGUCAUUUUAGGAUAAAUUUUUCUUUUUGAAAUUUUUUUUGUUAAAUAAUUUUUACCGUACCGUUGACCGUUAAUAUUAAC